CGGGGCCGCCGAGCGCGGGGGAGCAGCGGCUGCAGGCGCGGGGCGGGGGGUGGGGCGGGACGGCGCGCGGCCUCGGCUGGUUGCGCCUGGGGGCCGGGGCGCGCGCUGCCUUCCGCCCUUCUGCAGCCCUGUGCGUAUUUUUUUUUUCUUUCUCUCUUUUUUUUUCUUUUCUUUUCUUUCUUUUUUUUUUUUUUGUUGCAAUUUUGAACAUUUUGCAAGACGAGGGGGCUGGAAGCAGGUGAGAGCAUCCUGCACGUCGCGAGGACUCCGCGGUCACUUGGCGCGCUCUCUGGAGACUGUCUGCGCUGGGAACCCGAAAGUUUUAUAAUUUUAUUUUUGUAUGAAGAUAUAUUUAUAAAGAGAUAAGUUUAAAAAAUUAAUUUUUUUUUUUGCCUUCCCUGUCUCCACCUCCUUGGAAGCGAGUGUACUUUUGGCAAAGGACGGGGGGGGGAAAAAGCUCAGCAAUCUUUUGAGGCGUUAUUUUGCUUUUAUUUUUUUUUUUCAAAAAAAAUAUAUAUAUACAUUGAGUGCAUCGCGACGGAGAAAAUGUCCCGACCGCUCCCCUUGAACCCCACCUUUAUCCCGCCUCCCUACGGCGUGCUCAGGUCCCUGCUGGAGAACCCGCUGAAGCUCCCCCUUCAUCACGAAGACGCGUUUAGUAAAGACAAAGACAAAGAAAAGAAGCUGGAUGAUGAGAGCAAUAGCCCGACGGUCCCCCAGUCGGCCUUCUUGGGACCCACCCUAUGGGACAAAACCCUGCCCUAUGAUGGAGAUACUUUCCAGUUGGAAUACAUGGACUUGGAGGAGUUUUUGUCAGAAAAUGGCAUCCCCCCCAGCCCGUCUCAGCACGAGCACAGCCCGCACCCUCCAGCGCUGCCGCCGGCCCCCUCGGCGGCCCCCUCUGUCAUGGACCUCAGCAGCCGGGCCUCUGUACCCCUGCAUCCUGGCAUCCAGUCGUCGAACUGUAUGCAGAGUCCCAUCCGACCAGGUCAGCUGUUGCCGGCAAACCGCAAUACACCGAGUCCCAUUGAUCCCGACACCAUCCAGGUGCCCGUGGGGUAUGAUCCUGACCCCGCCGACCUUGCCCUCUCCAGCAUCCCCGGGCAGGAGAUGUUUGACCCGCGCAAACGCAAGUUCUCAGAAGAGGAACUGAAGCCACAGCCCAUGAUUAAGAAAGCACGCAAAGUCUUCAUCCCCGAUGAUCUGAAGCAGGACGACAAGUACUGGGCCCGGCGCAGAAAGAACAACAUGGCAGCCAAGCGCUCCCGCGACGCGCGGCGGCUCAAGGAGAACCAGAUCGCCAUCCGGGCCUCGUUCCUGGAGAAGGAGAACUCGGCGCUGCGCCAGGAGGUGGCCGACCUGCGCAAGGAGCUGGGCAAGUGCAAGAACAUCCUGGCCAAGUACGAGGCCCGCCACGGGCCGCUGUAGAGCAGGACUGCGCCACGCCCGGCCCGGCCCGGCCCGGCCCGAGUGGGGGGCGCCGCCCCCGGCCCGCCGCCCCGGCAUCAGCACUUUACCAGCGGCAUCCACGCGACCGACUCCCGUCUGGGUGUGUGUGUGUGUGCGCGUGUGUGUGUGUGUGUGUGUGUGUGCGCGCGUGCGUGUGCCUAUGUCCACGUGCUUGUGCACCCGUGUGCGUGCGUGCAUGUGUGUGCGUGUGUGUGUGUGUGUGUGUGUGUGUGUGUGGUCGUUGGUGCGCAACUGUGCAUCCCCCCCGCCCCCCUCAUGCCCUCAUCUUUCAGUGCCACCCCGACCCCCACCCCAUCCCAAAGAAAGGUGCCGUGUUUUUACUGGACUGUGGAGACCUCGAGGGGGGGCGUUUCCUGCCUCCCCCCCCCUCCCUCCCCAUCUCUCUACUCCUGCGCCUUCCACGUUGCUUCACUCCUAUUGGUUCUUCUGUCCUCUCCUGGCCCCACCCCUGACACCUCUCCUCCCCCCCCACCCCCAACUCGGCUUGGCUGCACUAAGCAGGACCCUGGUAUAACAACUUUCUAUCUCCGUUUUUUUUUUUUUUUUUCCUUUCCAGACGCUGCAAACUCUUGUUUCAGUUCAAUCUGUAAGUUUAAACAUGCUAAUUAGGUGCACCGAAUAAUUUAGCACUACACUGCAGCUCGAUUCAGUUAUAGGUUGCUUUCCUCCUCUUUUUCAGUUCCCGUGAUAAGCGUCUUCAAAUUUAAAGUGCUGUUUAGAUUGAUUAGAUUCCAUACUUACUGCUCUCGACUAAGUUUCCUUUGAAUUCCGCCGACCCCCAGAUAAGUAAGAGUACUACCCUAGAACACAGAGUGUGUUUUUUGCACUGUCUGUACCUAAAGCAAUAAUCCUAUUGUACGCUAGAGCAUGCUGCCUGAGUAUUACUAGUGGACUUAGGAUGUCUUCCCUACCUACGAAUCUCACCGUCUUUUUAAAAAACAAAAAUCAAAGCAAUGCAUUGGAGCAUGCCCAGAACAUCCCCGGGUGAGGGAAGCAGAGGGCAAUGCCAGGUCUAAGAAGGAGGGGUUACUUUAUCAGUAUAUGAGCCAGAAAUGCAACUUGGAACAGCUUUGGACAUCAGUAUGUUUGGGUUUGUUUCCUUCCGCUCCCCUGCCCCACCUCCCACUUUUCUAGUUACAAGUUUUCCAUAACCCUCUUGAGAGUCAAUUCAGUGACUUAAGAUUUCGUUUCCCCCAUUUUUUGUAAUAUAUAUAUUUUUGUGAAUUACACCUUGCUGUUUUUAAAAAUCAGUUAAGUUAAUAAGUUGAUAUUUUGUAAGAUCCCUUUUCCUAGUGGUGUCAUUUUUGAAUGCUUCAUAAAUUAAUGAUUCUGGAGCUUCUGUUUCUUAUUCUCUGUUUGCUUUUGAACGUACGUGCUCUUAUAAAGUGGACUUCUGAAAAAUGAAUGUAAAAGACACUGGUGUAUCUCAGAAGGGGAUGGUGUUGUCACAAACUGUGGUUGAUCCAAUCAAUUUAAAUGUUUACUAUAGACCAAAAGGAGAGAUUAUCAAAUUGUUUAAUGUUUAUACAGAGUAACUAUAGGAAGUUCUUUUUUGUACAGUAUUUUUCAGAUAUAAAUACUGACAGUGUAUUUUGGAAGACAUAUAUUAUAUAUAGCAAAGAGGAAAGGAAAACUAUUCCAUGUUUUAAAAUUAUAUAGAAAAGAUAUAUAUUCAUCCAUGUUGCACAGAGAAAAGAAGUGCUUGGGGGUUUGGAAGUCUUUAAUAUUUAAGCCCAUCACUGACACAUCAGCAUGUUUUCUGCUUGAAAUUAAAAUUUCAUUACAGUCUCCAGGCUCGCUAUGACAAAUUUUGCUCUGAAGUAUAGAAGGAGCUUUCUUAUUUUCUAUUAGGUGUCAGAAAGAAGUCAGUUAACGUCACCAAAAAAGCACAACAUGAAUGUUAGUCAAAUAUUUAUUGGAUGAUACAGUGUUUUUUAGGAAAAGCAUCUGCCACAAAAAUGUUCACUUCAAAAUGACGAGCUCCAGGAAUGGAGUCUGACUGCAAGCACCCCAAACAGUUCUGUUCUCUGUGGGCCCGUGUGUCUUAGGCAGUCCCAGGUUGAUAACGGUGCUAUGUGUAUGGUUCCUCAUUUGAUCGAUGUUUUGACUUCCAAGAUGAUUGUUCUUUUGUUUUUACGAAGUUGUGUAACGUCAAGAGAUUCUGCUGUUAUUGCAAAGACACGGUUUUUUUUUUGUGCUUAGAUUAAAUAACCUUUUAUCAAUGGGAUUUUCUAGUUUUCUGCCUCCAGGCUCUCUUCCUUCCUGGCCUGAUGUUCUCCUGGCCAGUUCAUAAGCAUCUCAGAGUUUCGUAGUCGUUGGAAAGCUGAGUGCGAGGCUGUCCCUCAAGGUUUGCCUUUGUCCUACACUACAGAUUCCAAUGACAGAGAGACCGAGGAUCAGAACUGAAGGACAAUGGUCACGUAUAGGACUCAACAAAUAGUCACUGAGACCCUAGGAAAUCUGUGAGCAGAACCGAACAAGCGAUAUCCAAAAAGAGACCCAGGGGGGUGCAGAGCUGGCCUUUUCGUAUGGACAAGAGGCUGACCGCAGUGGAACUGUUCAGUGGCCGUAGUGUUGAGUGUUGAGAACAGAAGCCAGAGGUAGCUUUAAGUGGAGAAGCGCCAAAGGGUCCCACCACCAACAGUUCAGUGACGUGUAACGUGGUAGCUGAAGAAAUUGUGUGUGAACACUGGUCUUUCUUAAGAAUGAAGCUGUUUGUAUCAAAGAAGCAUCACAAGUGUUUUCUGCAGAAGAAAUAAAAAGAUCAUAAUAAAACUUAACUCUUUCAGGUGCCAGGAGAGGUUUCAGAAAACUACCUCGUCUUUUAAAAAUUGCUCAAGUUGGGCCAGAGAAAUAAUUGAGCAGGUCGGGCACUUGCCUCGCAUGCAUCUGACCCAGGUUCCAUCCCUGGCACCACAGAUGGCUCCCAGGUGCUACCAGGAGCGAUUCCUGACCAGGAAUGAGACCUGAGCACCGCUGGGUGUGCCCCCCCCCAAAUCAAACAAACAAACAAAAAGCUUACAUUUUGGAGUCUAUUCAGGUGCCUUAUACGUGGAGCACUUUCCCCACACUCAAGCACUUUCUUGAACUUGCUACGGCAGCCAGGGACCCUUAGCUAGAAACAAGACCCUCCAGGUCAGUGUGUGGGAAGCCAGAGCCUGACGGGGAGUGACUUCCAUCAACCAGGGUCAAAUGAGUUCAGCAGAAAGCAACUAUUUUAAGAAUCCUGUUGUCAUUUUUCACCUUUUGAUCAUAAGCAUUUUUCAGAGAUUAAUUCCUUGGCCAUUAAAAAUGAAUUCAAAUCAUAUCAUGCCAACAUCAGUUCAACAUGACUGAGGAUGGGCAGCCUCGGGCUUCCCGAAGGGCCCAUCAUUUCUUUUGACUGGACUUGGAAAGAAGGACUAAAUUGACCAGCCUCUCCUGCACACAGUCCUUGCUGAGGUAGGUGGGGCACGGGAUGGCUGUGAAGGAUGAUUCCUUCCUUUUGAGGAUGGGACUGCUCACCGUUCAGAUCUCAAAAAAGACUGGUAGACUUUUGUUUUCAGAUACAGCAGGCAGGGCUGAAGCGGAAGUACCGUGGAUAGGGCGCUUGCCUUGCAUCCAGCUUGCCUGGGUUUGAUCCUCUGUUACCCAUAUGGUCCCCUGAACCCCACCAGGAGUGAUCUCUGAGCACCACUGGCAGGGGACCCACCCCCCUCUCCAACCCAAAUCAGAUACAGUAGGCCUUCUUGAAGCCAUUCUCAAGGCAGAAGGUCCAUAUUUUUUAAGGGAUUUUGGUAUUGGUGUGUGUGAGGGGGAUAACCAGUGGUUUCCUGCCAACUCCCCAGCCUGAUGAAGGAGCUCAGUAAUUCGGAAGGUGCAUUGAAAAGAUCUUGAAUCUGUUUACAACAGAGUCAGAAAGUUUAAGUGGAGCUUUCUUCCUACCGGCCCAAGGAUUAGAUGAGACAUUCUAUAAAAUGUAAAAUUAUGCUUCACUUUUUUCCUCUUUUUUUUUUUUUUUUGCUGUAGUUUAUCUCGUAUUCCCCAGAUCUCCCUGUUGGGAUACAUUCGCACUUUUUCUCAGAGUGAUGGAGGUUGCCUACCUGUGAGGGGGUAGAGUGAGGCAGGGGUGAAUACCAGUGUGCUGGUCCCUUUCUCCUCUCAGCCUUCCUGCUUCCUACUGGAGCUCUGAGCCCCCCACCUGGAGGAGACGUUUUCCCCAGGUGUCUAUUAUUAAUAAUGCUGUUUUUAAACAUGAGUAAAGCCUUAUCCUAGGUCUUGAUCCAGAUGAUUUGGCAGCUAAAGUCAGUACAUUGUCAGAGGGUGAAGUGUGUGUGUAUGUGUGUGUGUGUGUGUGUGUGUGCGUGUGUGUGUAUGUGUGUGAUAUAAGAGAGACAGACAGACAAAGAGAGAAAGGAUAUUUAACUAAAGACAUAAAUUCUUUCAUUUUGGGGCACCUGACUGGACAUGAUAAUAAGCCACAAUUAUCUUUUUGGCAACACCACUAAAUUGGCGUCUGUUAAACAGGUACCAGUUCCCCUGAGGUCAGUUCGUUGUGCACUGUGAUUCUGGUGGUGUGUUUGCUGUUAAGUCCAAUCUUGUCUGUUAUAUUCCUAAUGUUUAAUAAAGUUUGGAGUUUUUCCUUUC